AGGAUGAGGAUGUUUGAGUCGCUUUUGUCGUCCAUGCCCCCCAACCGCCACCUCAUGGUCAGCGACCUGGAUCUCCCGGAGGACAUCACAGCCGCUCCUUACGUGUGGACGGAGCCUGACUCACUUACCGUCAGGAGCGACAGCAUCCUGUCUGAGGACCUGGAAGACGAGGACGUUGGCACCAUCAGCACUGACUCCAGCAUACCACUGUCGCGAGCAAUGACCGACUCGGAGAUCGACUACGGCCUGUAUAGAAGAAUGAAAAGUCGUAGUUUCAGCGAUCCUUGGGAAAAUAUGAGAGCUGCUCUGGAUGCUUUUCCACAUGGCUAUCUCGCCUCGUUACAGAGAUUUCAGAGUUCAUCCACGGAUUCGACGGACAUACCCGAUGAGACUUACGAGCGAGUCCACCGGCGUAAUGAGGAGCUGGCGCUGAAGAUGGAGAGGUUCUUCGAGAAGGAGUGCCGCGUGUUCAGCGCUGACGACCCGGGGCUGUUGGUGUUGGAGAAGGCGCUUCGGGAUGUGGACAUGACGACAAUCGACUCCGAUUUUGACAGCAUCACGCCACCGCCGUAAAGAUUUCUUUAUAAUUAAACUAGCGAC